CUGUUAAAUUGGCUUGUUUUCCAAACUUUGGAAAACAUUUAACGCCUUGUUAAGGGCUCGUUGUUUCCCUUAACGAGUAAAACUCUAAAAUUUAGAGGGGGUUUGGCCCCGCGUGGCGAGUUUUUGUCCUCUCCGUGCACGGGCUUCAUAACUUGAGACGCUAAAAUCGUGUCUCGUAUUUUUCUUCUCGAGUUUGAUUAUGGUCAAGAUGUCGCCGUGAUGGAGUCUCCGUGUUUGACAGCAAUGAAUCGGGGCCUUCGUCGCCUGACCCGCACUCACUGCAGCCCGUUUUCUUCCCCGGUUUCUGUUUUUGAUGCUAGAGAGCUCGGCGGCUCUCUGCCCUCAGCUCGGCCCCAACAGCACCGCUCACCGCUCGGAGACGAACAUGGAGAAAAACCCCGGCCCCAGCAGCAGCACCAAGGCUCCGCCCCGUUCGAGCUCUACAGGCCCACCGCCGGGAGAAUCUAAACCCAAAGCAGAAGGUAAAAAUAAUGGGGGCUCUAAGCGAUACAGUCGCAAGCGUGAGCCCUCCUUCCCCAAAGCUGAAAGUGUCCCUGGUCCUCGCCGCACCAAUUCACAGAAAAGCAAGAAUUUUGACAAGAGACCCCCUCAGAGAGGUGGAGGGCGACAGUAUGGAGUUACAGGUGGAGGACGACGUGAGGAGGUAGCAGAGACACGCCGGGCCGAGUUUAGCCCGGCUCAAUUUGCUGGACCCAAGAAAAUAAGCUUGAACCAUCUGCUGAACUUCACUUUUGAACCCCGUGGAGGUAAUGAUGGCGUCGGAGACGGUGGCCACUCGUACUGGGGGCGCCGAAACAAGUGGGGCCACAAGAGUAAGCCUUUCAACAAGGAGCUUUAUCUGCAGGCCAACUGCCAGUUUGUGGUGAUUGAUGACCAGGACUACAAGGCUCACUUCACUGAUCCAGACACGUUGGUCAACUGGGACUGUGUGCAGCAAGUGCGUAUCUAUAGCCAUGAGGUGCCGUCUUGCCCGAUCUGCCUCUAUCCACCUGUGGCAGCUCGCAUCACUCGGUGCGGACACAUCUUCUGCUGGCCGUGCAUGCUGCACUACCUGUCUCUUAGUGACAAGAGCUGGUCCAAGUGUCCCAUCUGCUACGAGGCUGUGCAAACAGCUGACCUGAAGAGUGUGGUUGCUAUGGAGAUAAAGCAAUAUGUGGUUGGUGAUGUAAUGACCAUGCGCCUGAUGCGGAGGGAAAAGGGGGCUCUGGUGGCCCUGCCAAGCUCUCAGUGGGUGAAGGUGGAGGAGCCUGUUCGCCUUGGAGAUACUUCUUUUAGCCCAUACUCCAAGCUGCUGCUCACCUCCCCUGCUCAGGUCCUAAACCUAGUCACAGAGGAGAAGGCAGUCCUGCAGGUUCAACUGAGUCAGGAAGAGGAUGCCCAGGGCUGCUUCAUCCAGAGCGCCCUUUGUCUUUUGCAGGAGCGAGAGGAAAUGUUGCAACAGAAAACCGAUGCACAGGAGCUUGAUUUGACCUCACUGACUCUGAAGGAACCUUCUUCACCUGUCGAGGAACUGGUGACUACUAUCAGCGAUGUCAAGCCUGUCCUGCAGUACUCCUCUGCGUUUGAUGAUGAGGUGAUGGAGCUUACAGAGGACAUGCCUGCAGAGUUGCAGGAUGUUUCUGGAGCCGCCCUGGAGAGCGUCCCGGAGGAGGAGUUCUCUGAGGCUGUGUUGGACGUUGUCCCAGAGCCUCAGCUUGAUGAGCAGAGCCCAGCCAACCAGGCUGAGUCUGCACACCCUUCAACCAAUGUGGUGCACGGACCUUAUUAUUAUUUCUACCAAGCUGAAGAUUGCCAGCAAAUGUUCCUGCACCCUGUGAAUGUGCGCUGUCUGUUGCGUGAAUACGGCACUUUGGAGGCCUGUCCUGACACAAUCACUGCCAGAGUGGUGGAGAUCGUCGGACACACAGUCACCGAGGAGGUUCGUCGCCGUAACCGCUACCUGGCUCAUCUGCCGCUCACAUGUGAAUUCAGCAUCUGUGAGUUGGCUCUGCAGCCGCCAAUCCUGUCCAAAGAAACUCUGGACACAUUUGCAGAUGACUUGGAGAAAAGAAAGCGCCUGAGGCAGAAGAAAGCGCGAGACGAGAAACGCAGAGAAAAGCGCAUUGAGAUUGAAGAGAACAAGAAACAGGGUAAAUAUCCUGAGGUGCAUAUUGGUCUGGAGAAUCUUCAUCAUUUUCCAGCAUUUGGCUCUCCGCCUUACAACAGCAGUCCCCCUGUCCAACCUGAUUUCACUUUAGCCCCUCCAUCACCCCUCAGCAGCAGUCCUUCUGAUGAAAUGAGAUUCCCAAGUCUGAGUGUGUCCACACCCACUGUGGGUAGUGUGGAGGAUGAUUCACACUGCAUGUCCUUUGCACAGAUGCUGAGAGAUGGGAAAGCCAGAGUUGAUGCUGGGUCCAGGAUCGCUCCAAAGAAAGAUCAGCUGCUAGCCCCCCCAGCAGCAGACAGUGAUGGUGAGAGUGACGGGUCGGACCGUGUCCCUGUGCCCAGCUUUCAAAAUUCUUUCAGUCAGGCUUUUGAGAAGGCACUUCUACAGCUGGACACUGGUCCAGCUUCCUCUCCACAACAUGUGGUUGAACCAGAGGAAAAGGGAGGCAAGAAGAAGAAGAAAAAACAGAAGCUUCUGUUCAGCACAUCCAUGGUUCACACAAAGUAGACGGAGCUAAAGUUCAUUGGAUCAUAAUCUUCCAACUGCUUUGUUUUUUCCUUUCUGUCGAUUUUCUUGGAAAUGUGGAAUUAGGUUUGAGUGUGUGGCCAAAGUUUAAGCUGCUUUAGCCAUUGCUUCACUGGUUGAUCUUCUGUUUUGCCAUCUUCCCCUCAGUUUCAUUAACAUUCAUUUCAUGUUCUGCUCGGACAGAGAUGUGCUUCAUCCUCGUGUCACUGAAAGCCUUAUGGGUACCUUGUAGUUCAGAUGCUAGGUAAAAAGUUAUAACUUGCUGACUAAUAUUUGACAUGCUUUGAGCUUGGCUGUCAGUUUCCAUAAUGUCACCCAGAGCAUUGCAUCUAGGAACCAUUCGUGUUGAGGAAAAUGUUUUCAGGGCGCUUCAGGCUAGAGAAGCAGUCAGCCAGCUGUAGUGUGUUGCACCUUUGAAUCUUUCCAAACGCUCAGCAUUCACACUGAAUCGGUCUCACCUCAUCCAUUUUUUCAGUGUUCAUCACAGUAACUACUUAAAUCCGUUAGCCCUUCAGGAUCCUACAUUUUGGAAAUUGCAGAAUGUAGUUGUAUCUUUUUUUUAGAUCAACAUGAAUAAAUACAAGCAAGUAAAAAACAGUAUUGUAUGAAAAGAUUAAUUCUGUAGGCUCAACAGAACAUACAUAUUCUGCUCGGUCAAAUAUGAAACACGCACCUUCUCCUCAGUCAGUUUGUCCAGUUUAAGUUGUUUGACUUGGAAUGUUUAAUUAAUUUUAUCCCUUUUUAUUUCAUUUUUGAAAAUGUGUGAAGCCGAAGGACGAUUGCUUAGGAUUUAAGAAAUGUUCCUGAAACGUAAAAAAAAGAAAAGAAAGUAAAUUAGAUAUAUUUGUUUGAGGGUUCUUUAAUUUCCUGUAUUUUUGAGCAGGUUUAUGGGCUAAAAACAUACAUUAGUAUGUUAUGAAUAAAGAUUUAUGCACAAUAAAA